CUGAAUGUUUUACUAAAUGUGAUGAAACAUCUUAGGUGUUGCAAAAUCUAGUAGCAGAGAAUGGCGAAUGACGACAAACAGUUGCAAAUAGAUCAGCCUUGCCGUUCCCAACUUCAGUCAACCAAUCAGCAUGCGUUUUACGAUAGCGUAUGACCAUCUGUUUGGCGCGUAAUAAAACACGGAAGUUAGUGGACGUGAGUGAUUGUACGCCCCCUAAACAGGGACAAAUACAGAGCAAGUGCGGCGGAGAAAGUCAACGGAAAGUGCCUUAAUGUCAGAGGCCCCUGAUGUGUAAAAUGUAACAUUAAUUAAGAGGAAGAGAAACUACAUGGAGAGGUCUCCAGAUGAUAGCCUGAAAGUUGUGGAGGAUGGGAAGGUCCUGCCCUGCCAGCAGAGUCCCCGCUGUGGCUGUAUUGUUACUGACUGGAGUGAGGUCUGGCUGGGCUGUUACAAUGUGCAGGGAACCACCAUUGCCAUCUAUAACUUUGCCAAACAGGAUUGGGACGAAGAGAACGUGAUCAAGAAAGAAGAUGCAUAUGUGGAGACCAUGGUGUACUGUAAUGGCUGUGUUGUGAUCAGCUUUAGAGGACAGACAUGUGACACGGUGAAUGUGUUUGAUGCGGCGACACACCGGCAACUGGAGGAGUACACCAUGCCAAGUCUGGUACAGAACAUAGCCUGCUCAUCCUCUCACCUGUAUUUUGGUCAUGCCAGUGGGACCAUCAAGUGCUGUCUACACACAGAACUGCUACACAGACCUGCUGUCCAUUGGACCUCAUGUAAAAAUGGCCCCUUACCAGUCAAGGCGAUGGUGUGUGUAAGAGAUGAGCUGUGGGUGGCAGCAGGUCAUAAGAUCCUGGUGUACACGACCACUGAGUGGACAUGUAAAAAGGAGUUCCUUGCAGAUACAGAGAAUGAGCUAAACGAGGUGUUUCUGAUGGACAGCUGUGAUGAGGAGGACAGGGUCUGGACUGUUUGCACUAUGAGUGGUGGCAUUGUCACAGGAUGGAAAGGUGUGUCCAUAACUGCAGACAAAGACAGUAGGUACGACUGUGGUGCACAGGUGAGAAGAUUGUCGGACAGUUGCUCCUCUUCACCCAUCGACAAGAUGCAGGAUGAGACCAUCACCUGUUUGACAUCCUCACGUGGCCAGGUCUGGGUUGGCACAGGCAUUGGUGUUGUCUUGGUGUGGAACACUGCCAGUCACCAGCUGUGUGGGUUAUUCAGUCUGUUUGAGAACUAUGUUCGCUGCCUCUUGUCAUUCAACAGCGUACAGAAUUCAGCAUCUUUUAAUGACCUGACUCCACAUCCCCAGUCCAUCCUGGUGGUGGGUGCUGGGAAGAAGAAGGGACCAACCAGUGGUGGCCAAACUCUACAGACUGGAGCAGGAGGCAGCACGUCACCUUCAGUUAUAGCAGUUUGGAAAGCUUGAAGCACUUUUCACUUCUUGGCCUAUUGAACUGCAGAAGACUUGGCACUGUUUCCUAAUGAAGACCAAUCUUGAACAUUUACCAUGAGAAAGAAAAAUUUGGUAUGCUAUUAAGUACACCUGGUGGCAACUGGCUGACAAAUGGGUGAAAUGUCUAGCUUAAAAUGAACUCCUACCACCAUAUGCUUGGUAUUCAUGUACUUGUGGCACUGGGUUAGCACCACUGGGUUUGCUUGGCCUUCAAUAAGAUUUGAAGAAGCACUCAAUCAAAUGAGACAGUGAACUGAGAGUUGAUUUAUUGGAAGUUGUAUAUAAGGCACAAGGCUGGACAUGUUUGGAUUCCUUUCCAUCCUGAUAUUAACAUUAUUAGUUGUGCUCUGAUGAAUAAAUGACCUCUACCCCUCCAGUGCCAAGCCCAUCGUCUACUCAGACGGAAGGAGCCUCACUAUAGAUUGUUGGAAAUUUGUUGCUCUGGCUCUACCUGACAGGCUGUACUGCUUUUGUUCAAAAGAUUGUA